GAUAAACAGAUCUGUUCACACCAACUAGCAGGGCUGCCUGCGUCAAUAAAAGGCGGUAGCAGAGUCAGUGAACUGACAUUUGGUGCUUGGAGGACUAUCGCUGCAAAAGUCGCUUCACAUUAAAGUGAAGUAAAAUGCCAGGACUUUUCUUUCCCCACAACAACAUGACUGAACUAAAUGCAAAAGAAGACUGCAAGCUUGCAGAAGGCAAAAUCCAUAAAAAGAAGCAAAAGGCUUUUGGUGCAGAUCUCAAAAAUUACUUGAAGUGCAUGGUACCACAUAUCGAAUCUGGGAUCAAGACUUCUGACUCCAGAAAUGUCAUGCUUUCUGCAGAGGAAGUAACACAGUGGUCCCAGUCUUUGGAAAAGCUCUUGGCCAGCCAAAGUGGUCAAGGUGUCUUUCGGGAGUUCCUCAAGUCAGAGUUCAGCGAGGAAAACAUCGAGUUCUGGUUGGCUUGUGAGGAUUACAAGAAAACCAAGUCUGAUCACUUACAUGGCAAAGCAGAGAGGAUUUAUGAGGAGUUUGUUCAAUCAGAUGCUAUUAAGCAGAUCAAUAUUGACUAUCAAAUGAGGGAAGCAACAGCCAAAAGGGCUCAAGACCCAACUCAUACAAGUUUCGAUGAAGCACAGAAAACCGUGUACAUCCUCAUGGAAAGGGAUUCAUAUCCCAGAUUUUUGAAAUCCAAGGCCUACCUGAACCUUUUGAACCAGCUGCAAACCAACACUUCAAAAUGAAGUGUUUGAGGCAGUGAAGAGCCAAGUAGACUCUGUGUCAAAUGUCCCGUGGAGAGAUCCUUCAGGGUGGUUGGACCUCGGCAAGGAGAACCCCUGCCUUGGGGGGAGAGGUAGGAGGGAGGUGCAAACAGCUCCACAGCCAAGAGAACGAGGGAUAAAAGCUGGCAAGACUGUUACAAGGGUGACAGCAGGACAGGGAGAAAAUCCUCUCCUCCCAUACACCAUGGGGUCAAGACAAGAUACGGAUACUAUUUAUU